AUCAUUACUGGUAUAAACAACUUAAUCCUGUUUGUAGUAAUUUAUUGUUUUCAAUUCAAGAAGUUCUCUGGUCUGAUAUAAGACAACUUUUAUUUUCGGGAGCAAAUAUCGUGCAGCACAGUGUACAAAACGUUCGCUAUCCGCACCUGAGGGUCGUUUGGGCAAAAAAUUACCAAGAUCUUCCUCUAAGAUGCUACAACGGGAAUUUUCAAUAAAAACUGAUUCUUUCGGGUACUGCUGUUACAAUAGAACGCCAGAAAAAGAUACCAACGUGGUCAUUUCACUCAGUACGCUUAUCCAGAACAGAAUAUUGAAACUCAUCAGAAAAGAAAGUUAUCGAUCAACCAGAUUUAUACAUCCCAUUCUAUUUUCAGCAAAGCUAAUUAGUUAAAGUCGUUCCUACUUAUUUUGACACUCGUUUUUAAAUAUUGUUUACUGGCCAGAAAUCGCGACAAUCCACAUUUGGCGCGGAGCUCGUUAGUAAAAGUGAACAGAAAAAGUGGUUCGAACACAACCUAGGAAAUAGACGAAGAUAGCGGCUUUUGAAAAUGUUUUGCUACUCGCGGCAUCUAAAUACCUGUCAAACGUGGGUCAACUGUCACAGCAGUGAACAUAGAUUUUAGAUUGGACCACUCUAGAAACGGUUAUUUUCUUUCAAUUAGUUGGCAGUCAAUACUCGUCUUUUGUUGGAAGCUUUUGUGUACUCCUCCCUAACCCUGUUUAUCCCGAGGCAUUACAAUCACCCAAGGGAUUUCUGUUGCUAUUCCGUCGGAUGGGUCUGUUAUUUUACCAGCAUUCAAAACACUUUGUCCAGAUUUGGGCUUUUUGUUUACAUAGACCAUUACAAUAAACAGUCAGAGAUUAAACCGAGCCGCUCAAUCGAUCAGAAAAAAUGCUAUUGUGAAGUCCAUCCAGCCAUAAAGCGCGGAUUUUUGUGCCAGUUUGCUACCGAUACCGACAAAACGUCAGAGAAAAUGUCUUGAAGUGCAUUUGAUGACAAAAGAACGACAUUAGUGAAAACUGCUUUUCAAACCUUUGUCGGAAGCUCCGUUGGAGCAGCUGGUACAAGAAAAUCCGAAUAAUCAGCUUUAAGUGAACGUGAUUGUUAUCCAGUAAUCACAAAGAGAAAUUUGCAUAGAACCUGUACAUGUUCUAUUGUGUCAAUAAACAGUCAGGAAUAGACUUAGACGCACUCUUCUCUGAAAUUCAGUGCCUUCAGUUUGUUAGGGCAAAGGCAGGAAAAGCACUUAACUUCUGAAAGGAAGCACGCAUCCUAUUUCCUCUGACGUGCAGCGGAACAUCACAGAGAAAACUGGCCUCUGCGUGUUUUUCAACUGAGUUGGAAUCUUAUUUAAAGGGGAACACGUUUUAAAGAAUAUUAAGUUGUGUGGUUCGCCUUGGGUGCAUGAUUCGAUUACUUUGGGUCUUUCUCAGCAAAGUAUGUCUUACAUUGCCAGUGAGUCAGCGUAGUGCUAUACAUCAACUAAUGUUACGUUCCAUGCUUAUCAUCUAGAUCUAAGUCGUGGAAUGUGAUGAAGACUUUUUGAAACCCAACCAGGCAGAGAGGUAUUUUUCACUUCAGAAACGAUGACGGAUAAGAGAAAUUCGUAGAUCCCUCCUGGGAGCAUUUAUCAAAACAUCAACGGAUUAGUGAAGUCAGCGUUGAAACAUUCCAGAAAAAUUUGCAGCAGCUGAUUUUUUACCUGUCAAGACAUUAAAAAGCGCGGUGACUUCGUGAACUGCUUAAAAACUUCAAGACGCAUCCUGAGAGCAUCGUGGAGAAAUCUUAAAAUAGAAAUGGGAGACACAGAUAACAUGACAAUGUCAUCACCGAACCACACAGAGACUCAUCAGCGAUCUAUUCUAGACACUCCUGAGGGUAAAGCACAGCUUUCUAUUUACGUUCUCACAUUUCUGCUGGGUUCUUUUGGGAAUGUCCUCGUAUUACUGGUGGUUCGAAGUAAAAAACAUCGAACCGUCAACGAUCUCUUCAUUGUCAAUCUGGCCAUCUCGGACCUUUUGAUGAUUGGAUUCCUACCAGUUUACUCGGCGAAAAUUCUGGUACAAUUCCACCACAGUACGGCAUUCUGCAAGAGUGUUUUUCCCAUAGCUACAAUGACGUUUUUUGUAAGUAUAUUCACACUGACAUCCAUGGCAAUCCAUCGCUGCUAUGUCAUCACAAACCCGUUUAAGCCCGAAAUGCGAAAAUGGAAGAUCAUGGCUUGGUUGGUUGGCGUGUGGGUUGCGUCCUUUAUAGCUGUUCUUCCUCUCGUGCUGGCCAUAGAGGGAGGAUUACCUGGAACAGCUGAUUGCCCCGAAUCUUGGUAUUCCGAUGCGCUCAGAAAAGCUUACACAGCAUGCUUGUUCGUGCUGCAGUAUUCUCUUCCUUUGGCCGUCAUCACUGCAGCGUAUAUACGGAUAGCAGUGGAUCUGCUCAAAUCAAGCACAGAGAGAUUUGGACCAGGGAAAAGUCUCAAUAAUAAUCGGCGUGAUGGCAAUGCACUGUCGCGUCUCGCAUGCAAAGAAGAUAUCCAGGUAUUAAAAACCGUAGCUGUGAUCGUGUUAGUGUUUGCAAUUUGUUUGUUACCUCUUCAGCUCAGGUGGAUGAUGUUAGACUUUGGUGGGGAAACCCAAAGGCGCAUUGCCGGUCAAGUGUUUGUAAAAUUCGACGUCCUCCUCUCAAUAUUUCAUAGCUGCCUUAAUCCUCUGGUUUAUGGGACCCUUACGAGGCGCUUCAGAAGAGGCUAUAUCAGAUACUUGAUAUGCCUGUGUCCUUGUUUCAAAGAUCGUGUACCCAAUGGAACUGCGAGCACUACGGGGUAUCAUUAUCAGGACUGUAGCUCACCUACCAACCAGAAUGGUUCAGCUUUGGAUCACGCUGAAAGGACACCUCUUGGACGAGAAAGCCCUGAACACGAAACGAAGAGCACUGAAGUGUAACCUGCUUCUUUCAUAUCCAAUCAGAAUAUGAAACUACAAGUGCGGGGCUGGAAAACCUUCUGCUCGAGGGAGCAUUUCUGAAGUCAACCUGUUUGAAAAGGCUUACCAGGGGAGCACUGAACAGAGACUUGCUCUAGUAACAAACUGGCUCAUAACGACUUCUAGCAUAGAUGGCCUUCCUUGUACUACAGUUACAUCUCUCGAACAGUUUACUGCGAUUAUUGCAAUAGUAAGUAAAAUGAGCUUACAAAUAGAGAAAAGCAUGCUUUUGUCUCGCAGCAACAUUCACACGGAAGAAGAUACCUCAGGCUAAAUUAUCUUUCUUUUAUUGCUCAGCGCUGAUCUUAAUAGUGAUUCAAUUCUUUAUUUUAGAAGAACUACGUUUUUUCGGUUUAAAAAUACACAGAAAUUUGCAUGUGACGGAAUCACGAUUUCAUCGAAAAAGUUUUUGCAUGCGUAUCUUAGAUGUCUUUAAUUUUUUUUUUCUUUUAUUUCACCAUGCUUCGAAAAGGCUAUAUAACUUAGGAGUAAAAUUAUUCGCAUCUUGUACUGUUUUCAUUUGUUUUUCAUCGUGUUUCAUGAUAGUUUAUUCUUCAAAUCUUUGACAAUAUUUGUCUGCCAACUAAGGAGAGAAUUCUGAACAUUUUACCGUGGAACACCUCUAAAGCUUAUAAGUAAGUAACUUGGAAUCUUUUUUAUGAGUGAUAUAUGCUCAAGUUAUUGCCAAUAACAUGGAAUAGACGUGUUUGAUUAUAAUUAGAGAGAACUAAUAUUUUUAACAUGAAGGAGUAAUUUAGUCUUAAUUUGAUACCCUAUCUACACCUAUACUGGUCAGCGAGAAGAACAAAGGUCACCUUAUGCAGAAAACAAGAGCACUUUCCUUUACAACUCGCUGACACUGCAGUUUUAUAUUUUAGUGUGUAAAAUGGCAUUUACCUUAAUUGAAAAAUUAUAUUUUAAAACUGAGUUUGCUCAUGAGCAAACAGUCGGAUUAGCCGCGACAUUUUGUAAUAAAUUUCUUGUAUACACGGUAUGUACAAGUGUUUUAUUGAAUUAUUUGCGUUA